AUGAUUGAUUUAAUUACUACUACUAUGAGUUUGAAUUUUCUGUCGGACCAGAGUUUAGCCUACGGGCUAAUAAUGUACUUUACGCGCAAUUUUGACUAUUUCACCAAACAAGGCAUCACUGGCCCGAAGCCCAUACCACUGUUGGGCAAUUCGUGGGAACAGUUGUUUUUUAAUCGAGAUGAUUUAGAGAUACGGAGGCUUAAAAAGUACGGCAAAAUAUUUGGAGUAUUCGAGGGCAACCGUACGCUUCUACAGGUGGCCGACCCGGCCAUCAUCAAACAUAUACUGGUGAAAGAUUUCCACCUGUUCACUGACCGGCCGCUGCCGACCAACGCCCGGCACCCCAUCGCCAGCGAGAACCUGUCCAUAGCGGGCGGUCACCAGUGGCGGCGCAUGCGCUCCACAGUGUCGCCGAUGUUCACCUCAGGGCGCAUGCGUCGCACGUAUCCACUUAUCGGCCAC